AAGUGGCUUUGCCGCCUACGUGCUGGCAGCUUGCAGCGCAUCUCUGACAGCUGGGUCACACGGUUCCGUCCCCCAUGGACUGAGCGCAUCCUGCCGAAGCGGCUGAUCGAACCGGACCGAACCUGCUCCCUCCUCCCCGGUCCGUCCAUGGACGAGCAGGCGCGCCCCGGAGGCUUCUUCAGCGGCGGCGGCGGCGGCGGCGGCGGCUCGGGUUCUGGCGGCACCGGGAGCGCCCGAGCCCCGCAGCCCGCGGACGGAGAGGCGGCCCGGGCUCUCUACAGCAUCCCGGGGAUCCUGCACUUCCUGCAGCACGAGUGGGCCCGCUUCGAGGUGGAGCGGACCCAGUGGGAGGUGGAGCGGGCCGAGCUGCAGGCGCAAAUUGCCUUUCUGCAGGGGGAACGGCGAGGACAGGAGAACCUGAAGAAGGACCUGGUGAGACGGAUCAAGAUGCUGGAGUACGCCCUGAAACAGGAACGAGCCAAAUACCACAAACUGAAAUAUGGGACAGAACUGAACCAAGGAGAAAUCAAAGCUCCGACUUACGAUUCAGAUGAAGGGAAUGAGAGCGACGCUCAGAGUCCUCCGAACAGCAGCCAUCAGCUCAGCUGGAAACAGGGACGGCAGCUGCUCCGACAGUACCUGACGGAGGUCGGCUACACCGACACCAUCCUGGACGUGAAGUCCCAGCGGGUCCGGGUUCUGCUGGGUCUGACCGGAGAAUCUGAGGACAACCCGGAGAGGAGAACCGAGCCCAUGGUGAACGGAACCGAGCCGUCCUCCCUGAAGGACAGCGGCAUGGUCAGUAAACCCGACGCGUCCGACUCGGCGGUUCUGGAGGCGUUCCGGUUCAUCGAGAGCGGUACCGCCGGGUUCAGCGACGAGGAAGAGGAGGAGGAGGAGAGCGAGUCCAAGGACGGAACCACCCUGGACCCGCCGGCCGUGGCGCCCAAGAAGCGGCCGGCGGCUUCGGACCUCAGCGCCGACGCCGAGGACGCCCUCAGGGGCUUCGACUUCCUGGCGAGUCCGGACGAGCUGGACGGAACCGACCCGCGGAGCGGCGAGGACGGCGGGGAGUGGGAGAAGGAGGACGCGUCUGCGGUGGGGGAGCUGGGCUGGGAGGUGGACCAGGUUCUGAUCGCGCAGCUCAAGGAGCAGUACAAGAAGGAGCGGAGGGGCAAGAAAGGAGUGAAGCGACCGAACCGCUCCAAACUCCAGGACAUGCUGGCCAACCUGCGGGACACCGAGGAGCUGCCCCCCAUGCAGCCGGCGGCGGCGCCCCCCCCCUCCCGGCCCAGCGUUCCCAGACUCAACGAGCACGAGGUCGGUCGGCCGGACGACGAGCCCAUGACGUUCCUGCCGUCCACCGGGAAGUCCUUCAUCCUGGGGAGAGUGGACGAGGCCGUGUCCAACGAGCUGGGACUGGGAGAACUGGCCGGACUGACGGUCGCUAACGAGGCAGAGAGUCUGGGAUACGAUAUCACCAGCAGCUCUGACGCUCUGAGGAAGGUGUGGAACCCCCGGUUCACCCUGCGGAGCCACUUUGACUCGGUGCGGGGUCUGGCCUUCCACCCGGUGGAACCGGUUCUGGUCACGGCGUCUGAGGAUCACACGCUGAAGCUGUGGAACCUCCAGAAGACGGCGCCGGCCAAGAAGUGUGCAGCUCUGGACGUGGAGCCCAUCUACACCUUCAGAGCUCACAGCGGCGCCGUCCUCAGCGUCACCAUGAGCUCCAGCGGGGACCAGUGCUUCAGCGGGGGGGUGGAUGGCACCAUCCAGAGCUGGAACACCCCCAGCCCCAACGUGGACCCGUACGACUCCUACGAGGCCUCCGUCCUGCGGGGGGCGCUGUGCGGACACACAGACGCCGUGUGGCGCCUGGUCUACAGCUCGGCUCACCGCCGCCUCCUCUCCUGCUCGGCCGACGGGACCGUCCGGCUCUGGAACGCCGCCGACGUCUCGCCGGCUCUGGCGGUCUUUAAUGAAGAUGGAGACCUGGGAGUCACGACCUCGGUGGACCUGGUGAGCAGCGACCCGGCCUACAUGGUGACCUCCUUCGACACGGGACACAUCGGCCUCUUCAACAUGGAGACGCAGCAGCUGGUUCUGAAGCUGGACUCUGCUGGACCUGCAGAGUGUCCCUGUAAGAUCAACCAGGUGCUGAGUCACCCCACGCUGCCGAUCACCAUCACGGCGCAGGAGGACCGGCACAUCCAGUUCUUCGAUAACAACACAGGUAAACUGAUCCACUCAAUGGUCGCCCAUCUGGACUCUGUAACCUGCCUCUCUGUGGACCCAAACGGGCUGUACCUGAUGUCAGGAAGUCACGACUGCUCCAUCCGUCUGUGGAACAUGGAGAGUAAGACCUGCAUCCAGGAGUUCACCGCCCACCGCAAGAAGUCUGACGAGUCCAUCCACGACGUGGCGUUCCACCCCACCAAAUGCUACAUCGGCAGCGCCGGAGCCGACGCGCUCGCCAAGGUCUUCGUAUGACCGGGACCCGCGGGGCCGUCACCUGGACCCGGGCUGGCCCGUGUCCCGGCGUUGAACUCGGAACCAGGAGCGAGCCGGAGUCCGUUUUCUCUGCCGCUGGGAAGUCUCUGUCUUUAUUACGUGCCUUUUUUACUCGGAGCAGAAGUUCUUUUAUCUGUUCGCCAGAGGAACCGGAGCAGGAAAGAGAACCAGAACCUGCUGGGUCGGGACUGCCAGUCCAGAUUUCUGCCCCCUGCAGGCGGCCAGCAGUAAUGACUGCAGAGGUUUCGUUGUAGACGUUCUCCUGCUUUGUUGGACGUGUCUCUGUGAGUCGUCUCGGUUCUGCUGGAGUUCUGACGGGUUCUGGAUGCGGAGCUGUGGACAAAGUCCUGCAGCGACGCUCAGAACUUUAUUUUAAAGUGUUUUUAUUGAAGUGAAGCUGAUUGAGCAGCAGGUGAUGGACUUCAGAGGCGAGGGUCCGGGUCGCUGGACGGAUGUUCUGGUGCAGGAAGAUCUGGGUUCUAUUCGCUGGUGUGGUUUGUUCUGUUGGACCUUCCUCUCUGCGGACCAACUGUGAAAAACGGAAAGCUGUGUAGAGUUUGAGGAAAUCUAUUUAUUUACCAGGCGGGAAACGGGAAUUUAAGGGAAAUUUUAACUUCUGUGUGAUUUUAUCUUUCUGGUCCUGAAUGAGCUUAAAGAAAGGUUCUCCAGGUUCUGCUCGCUCCGUUUCAUCCUGAUUCUGUUUAGACUUCAGCUUCCAGUACUUUCAGCCAGGGGAACAUUUUUCCAGCCUGGAUCAGCUGAUUGUUCCUGAGACGUUCCUGCGGAGCGACGCUGGCGCCGGAUAAACGGGCGGUAAACCCAACCGGGCCGUUGCAGCCGUGGUUCUGUUCACCAUGGCCCGGAUGUGGUGCCCUAAUUAUCGGCAUCAUAUUUCCUCCCGUCUGUCCUGAACCCUAACGACAAAUAAAAUCCUGGUUCUGCUGAGACCGUAGGCAGAAAACGGGGCGAAGGUUCUACUUCCUGUUUCCCGCAGCCUCCGCCUCCUGAUUGGUCGUCUGGGUCCAGUUCUUCUGGAUGAAACUUUUCCAGAUUUUCUGAUUCUUUCCAGACGUUGGAGUUGAAAUGAACCUGGAACCUGCUAAUCGGGUCAGAACACCGUGAUGAAACAACACACAGCCUGAUUCUGCUUCCGGGUUCCAGAGUUUGGUACCGAACCUUUUCUCUGAUUCUUCUACCUUCGGACUCGUAGAAAAUAAAAUAAUCAUCAAACUUUUCUUGCUCUUAUUUGCUUAAGUUCUGCGUUGGUUGUUUUCGACCCAGUCUCUGAGGCACCGGAACCAGGGUGGUGGUGGAACGUCCCUGGUUGGGUUUUUGGAUUCGGUCCGUUUGUUAAACUGACACAUUAUUGGAUCUUUAGGAGAAGAUGACCCAGUCAGGAUGUUCUGGUCCUUUAUGGGUUCCAGGGCAGCGGUGCCGAUCAGCUCACCUGAUCAUCAGACCGGACCUUCCGGAACGCAUCUCAGUAACAUUCAGCUGAUCCAGUUUGUGAGACCAAAAACCAAACUUCAGGCCUGGUUCUGGUCCGGGUUCUGUCUGCCUGUAAAUCCUCCUUUGUACAGUGGAUCUGCUGCAGCCGUGGGUUCUGCUCAUGUACCGGCACCAAUAAAGCAGAUGUUGGAUGUUCAA